CACGGAUAUGCCGAGAGGCUGGAAUUGAGCAGAUAUACACCAACUCUUGCUUGCGAAGGACAAAAGCUAACCUCCCGCCUGAUGUUGCUCCUCAAUCAUAUGAGAUCGUUUCUGUCAAUGGACACAGGUUCAUGGAUUUUCCUGGCCACUUCCUAGAGGUUUUUCAGGAGCUGAACAACCAGCGUGCCCAGAAUCGUCUGUGUGAUUGCAUAGUUGCCGUGGGGAACCGGUACUUCAGUGCACACCGCUCUGUCCUGGCGGCUAGCAGCUCCUACUUCCGUUCUCUUCUAUGCAACUCGGACACUAGUGUUGUCCAGCAGUAUGUUGUGGGCCCUGAUGGGAACAUGAGACUCCUGCAGCUGGACUCAGAGGUGGUGACCCCUGAGGCAAUCUCAGCACUGCUGGAUAUGAUGUACUCCUCCAAACUCUUGCUGGACAUGUCCCACAUCACAGACCUGCUGCUAGCUGCCUCAUACCUGCACCUUACUGCUAUAGUCAAAGUCUGCAAGGAAAAGGUCAAUUCAAACACUUUGCCCACGUCGAACUCCGGAGGUCACGCUGCCGCAUCGACACCCAGCCAUCAGGAACAUGAGGCCACUAAUGGCAGCAGUAAGGUUGAGCAGCGGGAGCCGACGCAGGCUUUUGUCAGACCUGGUCAGAAGCGGGCGGCCUGCGAACAGCAGUAUGGCCACAAAGGCCAUCGGCUCAAGUCGCCUGGAAAUAAACGCCGGAAGUUUAAUAGUGGCUCUGAAAUCGUCAAGUCUGGGGCAGUGGUCUCUGCUGGUUCCUCUGAACCUAACUUUAGCCCGGCGUCAGAGAACGGCUCUGCCUGUUUAGAGGUGUAUGAGUUUGAGUAUGAGGUGCCGCCUGAGGCCAAUAGCCCUAAUCUUGAAAAAGGGUUGCAGACUGGGGAUGCUAAUGGAUUAAUCCUUAAAGUUGAAGAUGAGGAGCCAUCAAUUGUAGAGGUGAAAUACGAAAGCAACAUCUCACCAACAAGAUGGGAGGCAGCAGAGUCUGCUGUCCAGAUAGAUAUGAAGAAAAAGUUUAUGAACAGUGCAGUUACUGAAGGACCGUCGAAGACCACAGGCUGCAGUGAGGACCGACAGACUACCAGUCAGCUAACUGACAAAGUACUCCAUAGCAGACAUAACAUCACCAUCUAUGAGACAAAAGGGGCAUUGCAUGAACUCGGUGUAGGUCAAGGCCUGGGUGCUAACCAAAGCCUGGGCUUGACUCGGCCUAUCAUUCCUAAAGCCAGAAAGGUAGGUAGGAUCUCCAGGAUGGGUUCUGGUUCCAACUCAGUCACUGCAGUGAAAGAGGUCAGCAGGACCACACACAGCGCUGAACUGGCAGCUUCUACCUCAUCAAUCUCAGUGAAGCCUGCCUCAGUGGGGGCAGGAGAUGCUAUUAUCUUGCAGUUAGCAAAGGGAGGGUCAGGUGCUAUCCUGAGGGCUGUGGGGCAAAAUUUACACACUACUGUGCAAGCCCCUAUCAUGAACCCCCCCAGACAGCCCUCAAGACGGACUACCAGGGCAAUUAAGCCAAAACUACCAGGCUACUGACUCAUUGUUUAUUAGAAUUGUUACUUGCACAAACACUUUUGUGUUUCUGGAACUUAUAGGUUCCUGGGUGUGAAGACCCAGGUGGAGUGCAUGUGUUCUGAUCUUAAGCUAGAUAACUAGUAUAAAAUGGGACAGACUUGUGCAAAGAUUAUGUUCCUACUGAUAUGUAUUUUUUUCCUUUGCAUUUAAUAGGGUGUACAGCUAGGUCCAGUGUAACCCAUGAAUACUAAACAAAGACCUGUCAUCAACAUAGUAAGGUAGGGUAGACUUCAACUCAGUUCUUGCCAACACAUAAUAUAAACUAGACCAGGGACUGUUUCUCUACAUUGAUUGUCACCUCAUCUUGCUGCACUCAGGGGGCCUUCAGUGGUGAUAUUCCAGACCUAUCUGCAAUCUCUGCCCAUCUGACUAAGGAUUGCCCACACCCUCAGCUACACUGCAUGUCAUUUUGCCUUAGUAGAUUUAUGAUUUGGUUUAUGAAGUGCCAGUUUUGCUCUCAUAUCCAGAGUGAUUGUUGACAUGGCCUCAAUCAGAUCCUCUUCCUUGCUGUAACUCUCGUAGCUUGACAGCAGUGAGCAGGGAUUGUACCUCAGACUGCUGAAGGUCCCUUGAGACAUCACGGCACAUAUAAUUGACCGCUUAAAAAGAGAAGAGAGAUGAAAGACUGUGAUGAGUGGCAUCAUUUCAUUCGUUCAAAUUAUUUGAUUCUAGAAAGGCAGGUGAACUGUGUAGCAUGCAUAGUGCUGGGAAGUGCAGGGCCAGUGUCCUAAUGUAGUGGGGUGAGUUUGUAGUUAGAUGUGGUUUGUAGUUAUAUUGGCAUGCUUGUAGAAUGCUUACAAAAGGAUGAUGAAGUCAUUAAAGCAGUGAGUAAUUAUCUCCAUAUGUUCGUGUUACUGUAGGUAGAGGAUAGGUUUUGAAUGUAAUGUUGUUUUGUUUAAGCUUACUUUUUCUUAGCUUUUUUUGUAUCCAGUUUAAAGUUGGACAUUAAUACUAAGGAACUCAUUGAUGAGUGCGUUAUGCUGUUUUUUAUCUCCACUCUAUGUUGUUCUUGAGGAUAUCCUGUUAUUUGAUCUGAUAAAUUUCUGUUCGACAUCACAAAACAGUACAAAUGUCUGUGGUGAACAGUUGGCAGAAAUCCUGCACUUGCCUACUUGCUCUUUCAAAAGGACUUCCGAAUGUUUGGCCACAUGAACCUUUGCUGAAGUAAACACAGACCUUUUUGUGGCAUGUAGACUGAUGGGAACUCAAGUCAGUGAAGUGGCGUCCUCACCUUAGUCAGUUUAUUAACAGAAAGGAUGGUGUUGCUUAAGGAGAUAACUAGGCCUACAUUCCAUUUGAUAUGAGUUGUGAGUUUUGAGAAUGUUUGAGUGUCUGUUUAAGUGUACUGCCUGUAUUGCCUUAAAUAUUAGUAGUGAUAACAGAUAAAUAAUCCACGUAUUAAAAGUAUUAAAGUAUUUUCACAAGCUUGUUUUAAGUUCACUGAGGUGUUUAAAACACAAAAUAUGGUGCUUUUGAAAUCUGGUUUCAAGGUAAAACUUAAUCCCUCGUUGACUCUAGACUGCAUCUCAAUUGAGAUUGAGAGUUGGUCUGGAAAGGAGUUUUACAAGACCAAGACCUCCAUAUUGUGGGGAAAGUCCAUACAAGUCGAUUUACCGAAUGCAAUGCAAAAGGAAGGAGUCCAUCGAAGCUUAGUUCCAAAAAAUCACGUAUACUUUGCUGUUUGUGGCAGUUUGGUCAAAUAUCAGUUAAUAAUAGUUUGUAAAAACGUUGUCCCAUACAACAACAAACUUUCCUCCUUGAGCUGAACUCAAAUUACUCCAGAAUUUCGCUUUAAAGACAUAAGAUAAGAUUCCCUACCCGCAGCAUCAAGAACAGUAUCAAUCCAGUCAGAGA